AUGGAGCACAACCCCCCUUUGCAAGAGGGCCCCAGUACCAAAAGAAAACGCGGAAGACCGCGAAAAACAACUAAUGCGGAUGCGACGCUCGAACCGGAGGUCGAUGCCAGUAAGAUAGCGAUCAACCAGGGCGGCAGCAGCAGCGAGUCGAAAAGCGACGCGUUACCCCAGACCGGCAAAUCCGAACAGGGAAAGCGAAAAUCCAAGUCAACCAGAACAACAAAGGCCCAAAAAGAGGCCAAGAGCCAAUCGCCCAAGCGCACACCCUCCGCACCCUGGCCGGAGGCCUUCAAAGGUCUAUCUCAGACCCACCGCGCCCUGAACCUGGUGUACACGUUCUGCUGCACGCGCAAACACUUCGCCACGACGUUUGAGAAUAUCCGCACAGCGGUACAGGCGCAAUUAGGUCGUGGUCGGGAGCUGACUGUCGAGGAUAUUGCACGGGUGAGGGUUCUGGUGCCUCGGGCGGUGAAACUCGAGUAUGUGGAUGAGGCCAAGUUGGAGGUCAUGACGGUGGGGGAGAAGGAGACGGCGAGGAAUCAGACUUAUGACCUCUCGCGUCCGGAAUGCGAUGAGGCUGCUGGCGCGGAUGUCGAGACGAAGGAGGUGUUGCUGUUCGAGUUCCUUGACGGGGACCUGAAGCGGGAGGUGCGACAUCCUAAGAACGGGGAGCCCACGAAACCCACGCGGAAGAUGAAGGAUGAGGAUCUGAAGAUGCCCGUGUACAGUCAGAAGCAGAUGCUCGCCUUGAUUGAGAAACGGAAUAAGAAGUUCUCUGAUGCCAUUGAUGCAUUCCUGGUGCAGUGCGAGGACGACGGCACCGAUCCAGUUGAGAGACUGGAAAGGGAGAAGGACGCGUGGAUUCCGAGUCCUCUUGUUUCCGAGGAUGGCGUCUCAGAAACGACGAAACUUCUCUCGAAGCCACCUCGCGCGAUCCCCAAGGAGCGCAAAUCCAUGGCAGAAAUCAUUGAAGAAAUUCGUGCAAUGGAUUGGUAUUUCGCUCAGAUCGUACCGGAAGGCCAUCGAGUGUUUGAGGCCCAACCUCCCGUCUACGGAGAUUUGACUUUUCAGCUCUCGCAGGACCUCGUUAACGCCUUGUACAACACCAAGGGCAUAACACAAUUCUACUCGCAUCAGGCGGAAGCGAUCAACUCCCUGUACGCCGGUCAAGAUGUCAUUAUAUCUACCUCUACAAGCUCCGGCAAGUCGUUGAUCUACCAGGUCCCAAUGCUUCAUGAACUUGGAAGAGACCCCAGCAGCCGCGGCAUGUACAUUUUUCCCACUAAAGCUCUCGCGCAGGACCAGAAGCGUAGCAUGAAAGAACUUCUGCAGUUCAUAGACGGCUUGCAGGACGUCAUGGUCGAAACUUUUGAUGGCGAUACACCAAUGGGGAGCCGUAACCUCAUUCGUGACGAGGCCCGCAUUAUCUUCACCAAUCCGGACAUGCUGCACAUCACCGUAUUACCGCAGGAAAGUUCUUGGCGCACCUUUCUGAAGAACCUGAAAUUUGUUGUCGUCGACGAGUUGCAUGUCUACAACGGUCUAUUCGGAUCACAUGUUGCAUUCAUCAUGCGACGGCUGCGUCGGAUCUGUGCUGCGGUGGGCAACCGACAUGUCCGGUUUAUAUCCUGUUCUGCCACCGUAGCCAACCCCGAAGAACAUAUGAAGGCAGUUUUUGGCAUUGAGGAUGUCAGACUGAUUGACUUUGACGGUUCACCGUCAGGCCGCAAGGAGUUCUUAUGCUGGAACACCCCUUACAAAGAUCCCAAUGACCCCACAUCAGGACGCGGAGACAGUGUUGCUGAAACUGCCCGUCUCUUCUGUCAGUUGAUCCUCAGAGGCGUGAGGGUAAUCGCCUUCUGCAGGGUCAGGAGAAUGUGCGAGGUACUUCUACAGGCCGUAAGGAAUGAGUUACAGAACCUCGAUAGACCAGAAGUUGGAAAACUCGUCAUGGGUUACCGGGGGGGCUACAGUCCGCAAGACCGGCGGAAGAUUGAGAAAGAGAUGUUCGACGGCCGUCUGAUGGGGAUCGUAGCUACAAACGCCCUUGAGCUGGGUGUUGAUAUUGGCUCUCUUGAUGCUGUAGUCACUCUUGGGUUCCCUUAUUCCAUCUCCAAUCUGCGCCAGCAGAGCGGUCGAGCUGGACGUCGGAACAAGGAUUCUUUGUCUGUGUUGAUUGGCGAUAGGUAUCCGGCCGAUCAACACUACAUGCAAAAUCCAGAUGAAUUGUUCACAAAACCCAACUGCGAGCUGCAGAUUGAUCUUUCCAAUGAGCUAAUUCUCGAAGGACAUGUUCAAUGCGCAGCGUUCGAGAUGCCGAUCCGCCCGGACGAGGAUCGUGUCUAUUUCGGCAAGCAACUGCAUGAGCUUGCGGCCACGAGACUCGUGAAAGACAGCUUUGGGUUCUACCAUUGCCACGAGAGAUUUCGACCUCAUCCUUCCCGAUGCGUGCCCAUUCGUGACACAGAGGACCAGCAUUUUGCCGUCAUCGACACAACAAACGCACGCAACCUCGUCCUGGAGGAAGUGGAGGCUUCUCGUGCCUUCUUCACGAUCUACGAAGGCGGCAUCUUCCUGCAUCAGGGCCAGACGUACCUCGUUCAGGAAUUGAACACCGAUCAGCGGUUCGCUCGCGUUAUCAAGGUUCACGUGGACUGGAGUACAUUGCAGCGCGAUUACACCGAUAUUGACCCCAUUGAAACCGAAGUGAUGCGGCAGAUCAAUCAGACUUCUGCCUCUCGCGCAUUCUACGGCUCGGUGCAGAUCCAUGCAGUCGUGUACGGCUUCUUCAAAAUCGACAAGCGCGGCCGUGUGCUGGAUGCCGUGGCGGUGGACAAUCCGCCGAUCGACAUCUUCACCAAAGGCAUGUGGCUCGAUGUGCCCAAACGCGCGCUAGAGAUUCUCGAAUCAAGACACCUCAACAUUGCUGCCGCCAUUCACGCAGCCGAACACGCAGUCCUCUCCUUGCUCCCCACCUUCGUCAUCUCCUCGCCCGGCGACGUCAAGACGGAGUGCAAAAUCGCAAAGAAGGAACUCGGCAGAAACCUCAAGGUCGCGAACGAGAUGCGCGAUCAACAAAUCCAAGAGAACAUCAGGAAACUCCAGCCCCCGGCCCGGCAACGACCGGCGCGUCUUACCUUCUACGACGCCAAGGGCGGCUCGUGCGGCUCCGGGAUUGCCAGCAAAGCUUUCGAAUUCAUCGACGUCCUGCUUCGCCGCGCAGUGGCGCGCAUCGAAGCGUGCCAGUGCGUGACACCGCAGGGAUGUAUGGAGUGCGUUUGCGAUGAGAAAUGCAGGGAUAUGAAUUCAGUGAUGAGCAAGGCGGGUGCCGGCGUCGUGCUGCGGUGUCUGCUUGGCUGGGAUGUCGACAUUGAUGCCCUGCCUUGGGGUGAAGAUGUCGCGGGCGAGGACGGACUAAGAGAAUUGGCGGGCGGACUGGAGACUGUCAUCCCGGCGAUUGAGGUGCCCUUGCGUCGUGGAUUUCAGUCUCAUAGCGAUGGUCUGUGA